AUGGACAAUUAUCUGAUAGUGAAGAAGAAAGUAACAGUCAAGAUCGUGAACUUAAUUUUACAUCUGAAGAAUGGAUAUGGGAAAACAAGCAAAACAAUAGCAAAAUUUGGCAGUCAAGAUACUGUGAAAAAUUCAAUCACCAGUGCUUCCGAAAAUGUUACCAUGUUUAUGUGCACACCAAUAUCCAAUUUCAGACACACCUUGUUUUUGGAUAAUUGGUAUUCUUCACCAAAUCUGUUUCAAAAAUUACAAUCCAUAAAAACUAAUGCCAUAGUAACAGUUAGAUAUAACAGAAAGAAUAUGCCGAAAGAUCUCGCAACGAUAAAGCUGAAACGAUCAGAAGCUAUUUCAAGAUCGUGCAAGUGUAUUUUAGCUGCAAAGUGGAAAGACAAAAAAGCUAUAUAUUUAUUGUCCAAAAAACAUAAAAAAAUUGAAAUGAUGGAAGUGGAAAAGAAGAGAUGGAAAACUAAUAACAUCGUUACAAAGCCCAAUAUCGUUUUGGAGUAUAAUGAUGGCAUGGAUGUGGCGCAACAAAUUUUAGAAAGUGUAUGUAUGCUUGAAUACACAAAACGUGGAAGACUGUAUGCCGGUGACAUACCACUGCGUUUACAAUCAAAACAUUGGGGCCAUUUUCCAAGGAAUAUUCCACCCACAGAAGCUAAAAAGAAUUCCCAAAGAAGGUGUAAAGUGUGUGCCAAACAUAAAAAAUGCAGCGAGACUACUUGGGAGUGCAAGAAAUGCCUUGUGGCAUUAGAUAUUCCAAAAUGUUUUGAAAUUUACCAUACAGAAGAACGGAAGCAUAUAUUAGUAAUGACUCUUGCCAGUCCGAUUUCUGACAAGGGAAAGUAUGAGCCACCAUUGGAUUGA